UGUCAAGGGACAGGCACAAAGUUGGUGAAACUUGCUGGAGAAAGGAAGCUGGGCUGCUUCUGUGACCCUGAAGCUAGGAGGUAUCUUUUGUAUUCCAAGGAUCUGAAAUCUGCUCUGGCCUUGCUUGCUCUCUUUGAUAAGCGUUGAGGAAACCAAGACCCCCCCAAAAGUAAAGAGACUUCUCCAAAGUCACACAGGAAGUCAGUAGAAUUCAAGCAACAAAAUGGCUGAAUUUCCCCGGCUGAGUGACAAUGAGGUUUUCUGGGCUUUUACCACCUAUGCAACCAUUGUCCUUUUAAAAAUGAUGCUAAUGAGUACUAUAACAUCAUUCUUCAGAUUAACAAGAAAGGCUUUUUCCAACCCAGAAGAUGCUCUGAGUUCAGGCAAAGGGGAGAAUGCUAAGAAGUAUCUUCGGACAGAUGAAAAAGUUGAACGUGUACGCAGAGCACACCUGAACGACAUUGAAAAUAUCAUCCCCUUCUUUUGUAUUGGCCUCCUGUAUUCUCUGAGUGCUCCAGAUCUUUCUACAGCCUUAUGGCACUUCAGAAUCUUUGUUGCAACUAGAAUCUACCACUCAAUUGCAUAUUUGACCCCUCUUCCACAGCCAAACCGUGGAUUAAGUUGGAUGAUUGGCUUUAUAGUUACUUUUUCAAUGGCAUACAGAUUGUUGAAGAAUAAAUUAUACUUGUAACAGACAACAUCAUAACAUUCAACCUUUAGGUUAAACUUUAAUAAGAAUUUUGUUUCUUCUUACUCUUAAAUGAAUCAUUUUUACUUUGGAUUUAAAAGUAAUGACAGAGGAGAGAAUGAUUUUGAAUGCUACCAUUAAUGGCAUCUUUGACUCUAAAUUAGCAUUUUAUUGGAGAUUCUCCAUAAUGACCUUUUCUUUUCCUUUUUCUUUUUCUAUUUUGCCUUAUUAUCAGAUUAAGAAUUUAAAACAUUGAAUGUUUUACAGGACUUUCAAUUUUUCAAACUUUUACACUUACAAUGUAAUGGUUUUGGUUUGAGUGCCAUGGUUGUUAAAGCCAAUGUAUGCCAAUAAAGGACUAAAACAAUGGA